AUGAGCCUCACCCACCUCGACGUGUCCUUCAACCAGCUGAGGGACCUCCCUGCUUGCCUGGGUGCCCUCACGGCCCUGACCUGCCUAAAAGCCAACUACAACCAGAUUCAGAGGCUGCAUCCGGAGGCUCUGUCGGGUCUGGGUGGCUGCCUCCGGGAGCUGCACCUCGGGGACAACGCACUCACUGCCGCCGGCCUGCCCCCCCAGCUGGGUUGCCUCACCCGCCUCGCCCACCUAGACCUGCGCUACAACCACAACCUCACCGCGCUACCGCCCGAGCUGGGCUCCCUCGCACUCCCUCCGACACCAGGACCGCAGUCAGGACGUCAGCAGAGCCCGGGUGCGGGUGCAGCACCCGGCGGCAGUGGUGGUGCACGGGGCAGUAGCAGCAGCAGCAGCACCGCAGUGAAGCCGCAGCAGGGGGAGGGAGCGGAGGGAGGCGGGAGUCUCAGGUACCUCGGGCUGGAGGGCUGUCCGCUGGGGGAGGGCACAGCGGGAGGCAGCAGACCCGGAUCUGCCCAGCGGGCGGUGUACCGCCAGUUGCAGGUGGCAGCUUCUGUGGCCAUUGAGGCGGCGGAAGGCGCGGGUGGCGGCGGCUGCUCGGCAGCGGAGUACGAAGCGCAGAGUGGGUUGGCGGAGGCGCUGCGACAGCUGCAGCGCCUGGCACCUGCCCGGCCGCCCUCCUCCUCCGCCUCGUCCUCCGCCUCGUCCUCGCUGUCACCAGCACCACUAUCGGGGGGUGCGGGACCUAGGGCAGCUAGCGGGGGGCCGGCGGAGCAGCGGGACGGGACGGCGGCGGCGGUGGCAGGGCCGGCACGACCAAAGGCCGCUGCAGCUGUGGCCGGAAGCGGCGGCGGUCGUGUGGAUGUGCUCGUCGUGUCCGCAGCUCCGGAGGGCUCAGGAACCCUGGGGGGGGGCCCAGCGGGGCCCCGAGCACCGGCGGGGGUGGGAGCGGAAGGGCACUCCGCGGGGGUGAAGCACCUGCAGCCGUUACAGCUGUACGGCAGCAGCAGCGGCGGCGGCGCCACACUCUUCCCCCGCCAUCCCCAUGGGGAUCCUGAGACACUCCGGGGAGGCCCCCGGUCGCCGCUGACCGACCUGCGCAACAGCCAUGCGGACCUGGAGCUGGUGGAUGCGGGAGAUGAGGAGGGGGCGCAGGGUAUUAACAUUGUGGGACCGGGGGGGGCGGCGGCGGCGGCGCAGGUGCCGCUGGCGGUGCAUCCCGGCGGCAACAGCAGCAGCGGGGGGUGCGGUGGUGCGGUGGCUGCGGCGCUGACCAGUGCACUUGAGGAGCUGUCUGAGCUGCCCCCCGCGGCUGCGGCCGCCAUGUACCGGUCUCUAGACGUGGUGGCUGCGGGAGUGCAGCGGCGCCCCGGCAGUAGCUCCUCCUUCCGCCCGGGCAGUAGCAGUAGCGCUAGCAGCAGGAGCAGCUACAGCCUGGACCUGCAACACCCCCCGACGUCCGCCUCCAGACCGGGGAGCAGGCUGGGGCUCUCGAACUAUGCGUAUCAAGACACAGCCUCAACAACGCAGCCACCACCACCACCACCAUUACCACCACUGACGGGCGCGCUGGCACUCCUCGCUGGCGCGGGAAUGGGCCCAGCGGCGGUAGCAGCAGCGGCGGCGGCGGCGGGGCAGGGGGCUGCCGGCGGGAGGGGAGGUGGCGGUGUGCAGCGGCCGUCUGGCAGGGGCGGGGAAGCUGUUGCUGCUGCUGCCGCAGUAGCGGCGGCGGCGGCAGUGUGGGUGCUGCAGCGCCGUCGAAGGGGCCCGCCGCUAAACAGGCCGUGGUCGUUGUUGCGCCUGGGGCUGCCGGAAACGGCUCGGAUAGCAGUACUGCCACUGCUGCUACGACUGCGCCUGCUGGGGCAUGGAGAGCUGCUCCACACGCCGACAUGGACGUGGGGGAGGAUGCAGGGGAGUGCAGUGCAGACACAGGCGCCACAGGCCAUCAGGUGUGGUCAUGCUGCCGGCAUGCAAGCUGUUGUGGAAGGAGUAUGGCGCAAUGCCGGCACCGACAGGCUGCACAGUGGCCCAUCACUUGAGGUCAUCAUGGAGGUUGGUGCUGGUUACACUAGUGCAGUACUGCACACAGUGCACACCACAAGUGCACUGGCCAGCAGCAUGCUUGUGACAGUGCCCCAAGUGGCCAGCCACUCGGAGAUGCCAAGGCUGUGGCCCGGGCCACUGCACCAGGAUGCUCUGAAGUACCCAGGCCAACCGUGCAACAAGCUGCGACCAGAUGCUGGCGGCAUUGCCCUGUCCACACACCCGGCAUCAUAUCCAACAGGCGGUGCUGGGGAGGCUGCCGGCAUGGGCAUGUAG